GGCUGUACUGGGAAUCUGGAGCAGCCCGGCUCCAACAGCAACAGGUCAACAUCUCUUCCAAGAAAACCACAGGAGAAGGGUGGGCUGUGCUGGAUCUGAACCCUGUCCCAGUUUGGGACCUAGAAGUCAUGCCAGACACACCAGUGGAGGAAUCCCUCUUCCAAAUCAUCCACUGCUACCACCAGUAUGCAGCCCGUGAAGGGGACGUGGAGACCCUGUCCCUGGAGGAGCUGAAGGCCCUGCUCAUGGACAAUGUACCCCGCUUCAUGGAGACCUUGGGUCGGAAGGAGCCGUACUAUAUCACAGAGUUGUUCCGGGCAGCAGACAAGAACAAGGACAACCAGGUCUGCUUUGAAGAAUUCCUCUACAUCUUGGGCAAGCUGGUGAAAGAUUACCACCUGCAGUACCACCGACAGCUGUGUGCCCAUUACUGCACCCAGCAUAGUCUCUACUAG